AUGGCCAGCUACUACGAGGUGCUGGGCGUCCAGGCCAACGCGUCGCCGGCGGCCAUCAGGAAGGCGUACCGCAGGCUGGCCCUGCGCUGGCAUCCGGACAAGAACCCCGACGGCGCGGACGAGGCCGAGAAGAGGUUCAAGCAGGUGUCCGAGGCCUACGAGGUCCUCUCGGACCCCAAGAGGCGCUCCGUGUACGACCGCGCCGGCCGCGACAGCUGGCGGGCCGGGGGUGGCGGCGCCGGGACCCCGUCCGCCGGCCCCUUCGACGCCGGCUACACCUUCCGGAACCCCGAGGACAUCUUCCGUGAGUUCUUCGGCAGCCUGGACCCCUUCUCUUUCCACCCCUGGGACGACCCGUUCCACAGCGACCGCGCCGGCACCGGCGGUGGCCGGGGACACGGGCCCAGGGGCACCUUCGCCGCUGGCUUCGGGGAGUUCCCGGCCUUGAUGGAGGUUUUCUCGGCCCUCGACGGGGGCAGCCGGGCGGCCGCCUUCUCGUCCGCGUCCUUCGGGGGCCCCGGCUUCAGGUCCGUGAUGUCGGCCACCGAGGUGGUCAACGGCCACCGGGUCACCACCAAGCGCGUCGUGGCCAACGGGCAGGAGCGCGUGGAGGUCGAGGAGGACGGGCGGCUCACGUCGGUGACCGUCAACGGCAAGGAGCAGCUCAAGAGGGUGGACACCAAGUAG